CUGAGAAACGGACUGACUUGGAGGGCUGCAGCUACAAUACCCCAGCAGAAUGAAAUAUGCACAGUAUGUCUUCCUGGCAACACUCCUCUCUGGUAUUGAACACUGCCUGGCUCAAAGCUGUACAGUGGAUUCUUUCUCUGUGAAAGACAACUUCGAUCCAAAGAGGUAUGCAGGGAAAUGGUAUGCCCUAGCAAAGAAGGACCCAGAAGGCCUCUUCCUUCAGGAUAACAUCUCUGCUGAAUACACCAUUGAGGAGGAUGGCACAAUGAUUGCAUCUUCCAAAGGCAGAGUGAAGCUCUUUGGAUUCUGGGUGAUCUGUGCUGAUAUGGCUGCUCAGUACACAGUCCCAGACCCCACCACUCCAGCAAAGAUGUACAUGAGUUACCAAGGUCUGGCAAGCUACUUGUCCAGUGGAGGGGACAACUACUGGGUGAUUGACACCGAUUAUGACAACUAUGCCAUUACUUAUGCCUGCCGCAGCCUGAAAGAGGAUGGCACUUGUGAUGAUGGAUACUCCCUUAUCUUCUCACGCAACCCUCGUGGGCUCCCACCAGCUAUUCAGCGCAUUGUGCGUCAGAAGCAGGAAGAGAUUUGCAUGUCUGGCCAGUUCCAGCCAGUGCUGCAGACAGGUGCCUGCUAAGGAAUUACACUCGUGAUCCUAUUUUUAAGACCUGAAACUAGAUCUCUGGGUCUUGAAGUUGUCAUUCUCUUAAAAAAUCAAAUAGUUUGGACCAAUGUUUUUUUCCUGAAAAACAUGUU